AUGAGAUGCAUGUUUUUGGGACUAAAUCCCAAGAAAAAAAAUGUAAAACAUCAUAAAAAUGCUUUGAUAUGUUGUCAAAACACAGCAUUUAUUCACAUUUCUAAUGAGUUUUUGUGGGACAAAUACUGACUUUAGGGCUCCAAACUUGCAUCAUUUAUUAUGGUUCACUGAGAAAACAUUACUCUGUCGACACACGAUCAAAAAUAGAUUCAUUAAAUCGUCUUUAAUCCACACAGCAAAGUUCAGAAGCCCUUAAGUUCCAGUGUUUUCCUUUGAGUGGUGCUGUAGCCUAAAGAUCUGCCCACUGAGCACCAUCCAGUUCACGCGAUAUGACCACUUCCUGAUACACAGGAACACACACACUCAGUGUGCAGCGCAGACAGCAGUUAGCCUACACAGGAGACAGACAUGGAGAAGUUUGUGCUCCUGUUGGUCCUUCUGUCUCCAGCAGCUUCUGAUGUGGUACGAGUGAAACCUGGAGAUAAUGUCACUCUGUCAUGUCAGGCUGGUGAAGCCUCCAUCAGAGCUGUAGAGUGGAGCAGAGCUGACUUGGAGCCAGAGUACGUCCUCUUUUACAGAGCUGGACUCUCAGAUCCAACCCAGCAGCAUCCAUCCUUUAAGGACCGGGUGCAGCUGGUGGACAGAGAGCUGAAGGACGGAGACGUGUCUUUAAUUCUGAAGAACGUGAGCAGCAACGACGCUGGAACAUACGAGUGUCGAGUUGCAGCAGGAGGUUCAAGACUCAAGAGAGCCAUUAUUAAGACUGAGCCAAUCAGAAUCUACCAGCUGGAGGUUUCAGGGUCCAACAGCGGAGACGUCGAGGAGGGAAACUACAGACAUUACUACGGAUCUGUAGCAGGUUUUCUUUGUUUAGUCAUCUUUGUUGCUGUCGUUGUCUUCACACGUAGAAGAUGCAGGGAGAACGUGGUGAUUUGAGCCUGUGAGGAAGUUGAGCUACACAUUUUUGAGGACUUGGAGGUUUUGCUCUGGUUUGUUUAGCUGCUGUUGGAUUGGUUGUUGGCUAGAAGCUAGAAACCAACAACCAAUGUAGCUUCAUGAACAGAUUAACCAGCUUUAAACAGAAAAACAGCCUCUGAUGUCAGAAAUGUCAGCAGACAGAGCGCAAACCAAACAUGCUGAAACCAGGUGGAGAGAGGUGUGAGUGUCUCAGAUCACAGCUAACAACAUAUUUUAUCUAUAUUGUGAAUACUGUAUUGUAAUGUCUUCUAUUGUAAUAUGAUGUUUUUAUAUAAAACCUAUGAUUUCUGUAUAUAUUUAUAUGUUAUAAGCUAAUGAUAUUAGCUGGUACGUGGCCUUAUGUGACUUAAAACUCUACUACUACUUUUGAAUUGUAUAAACAAACCAAAAAGACUGGACCAAAGCAUCUGAUAUACCUCAAUCUGUCCCACGGAGUUCACAGAGUAAGAAAUAAACCUGAGUAUAAUUAUUAUCUACAAAGCAGAAUUACAUGAUAUGUACAGAAAGAACGUGGUUAUGUAAUAAUAUGAAUUAAACAAAAAGCAAUAACUUGCAAUCUGCACAAAUGUCCUUAAAGUGAUUAACUUUUAACUCUAUUUUGGGACAAUAAAUAUUUUCAUGUUACAUUUAGAAA